UCCUUUUUUCAAGCCAGAGAGCACAUCUGCCUUUGCGCUGAAGAAGGUGGCGUGAACACUCUCUGAGCAGAAGGAAUCAUAACCAGGAUCCCCGGCAGCAAGCGCGCCCUACGAGACAGUAGCCGAAACUGCUCCACUGCAGUAAGAAGUAUUCUCGCGUGCUGGGGCCUGGAGCCGAUGGCAGACAAUGUCAACAACUAACAACAUAGCGCAGGCCCGGAAGCUGGUGGAGCAGCUCCGUAUCGAAGCCGGCAUCGAGAGGAUCAAGGUCUCGAAAGCAUCUUCUGAGCUAAUGAAUUACUGCGAGCAACAUGCCAGGAACGACCCGCUGCUGGUUGGAGUGCCCGCUUCGGAGAAUCCUUUUAAGGACAAAAAGCCUUGUAUCAUCCUAUAGCUUUCCUCGCUCCGGCACAUGCGAUCUCUCAGGCAGGGCACCGUUCUCCAUCAACUGAAACCAAGCUACAAACUUACAACUGCGCCGAGGGGUAAACACUAAAUGUUGGAUUCAAAUCGAACUUAAAUCUCAAAAAGAAAAAAAAAAAAAUUGAAGUGGUUUAGGGAAGGGUGUCUGCUCCUGGGCAGGUGCCGCCCUGAGAGGGGUCAAAAUUUAAAAACAGAAAAAACAGGGUUGAGGGGUGGGGGGGAGUAUUUUUAAUAGCGACAUUCAAAAUUGGUACCGGGGUGGCGGAGGCGGUGGGGGUUUUAUUGCGUUUGCCAACGGGAUGCAAGCCCUGCAUAUCGGGACCUCGCCGGCAGAAGCUUUGAACAAAGCUCUGAGUGGGUCUGAUCUGAUUAGUAUCCAGUUAGCGCGUCAUUGCAAGGAUUUGCUCUGUUUCUUGAGAGGGAGCAAGGGAGAAGAGUCCAGGUGGGGAGCUAUUUUGUAGAAAACUAGUACAAAAAAGAAAAAAAAAACCAACCAAAACACGGCUCGAAAAAUUGCUGUUGCAAAUGGAUAAAGCCAGGCUGCAGGGAGGAGGGUGGAGGCCGGGGCUCCCUCCCCGCCCCACACGGCUCCGCUCGGACGAGGGGAUGGCACCGCGGGGAAACGCUCUCUGGCGUCAGAUCCAUCUGCCGAGAGAGUUCCCGUGAGCGGCGUUAGAAAGCCCGAGGCAUGGGAGAGGCCGGGCGUGAGCCCCUCUGAUCACUUCUAGGGUUUCUCUGUGGUGUUACCACUGUUUUUCCCAAGUGGGACCGUACCGGGGGUGGGGGGAGGGAAGGGGCUUUCUGUUGUGCAGUACCACGUGAGAAAUCUUUUAAAAUUGGCCUUUUGGAGAGUCUCAGUCCAAAACACUAAAAUUGGCAGAUUUACCAGCAUUUCCCACCUCCCUCUUGCUCACCGAGAGUGGCAGGGGCAUUCGUUCCACUAAGCCCAGUUAAUUUGGGGAGAUGAGGGUAAGGCUGUAGAAGAAGAAAUAACUCAAUUCGGUUCCCAUCCCUUGGAAAUCUUGGAAAAGCGAUUUAAACGGGGAGCGCUUUGUUCACUGACGUUAAAUGCGCACGUUGCAGGGCCGGGGAUAACCUGGCACAUAGCAGCCCGCGAGGAAGAGGGGACAAGUAGGCGAGCCUUCCUCCUGCUGCCCGCCACAGAGCCCUGCGGAGCGAUGGAGCCCGGCGGCUCCAUGCCGGGGCUGGCGGAUGUUCGGGAGAAAGAUCAGAGCUCAGGGACGUCCCACCGCGUCUCCCCGUGUCGCUGGAGCUGCCACCCCGGGCGCGCUGGGUGCCCUGCAGCCGUCUGAGCCGCAGCAUCGCUCACCAGCUUCCAGCUCUGUCGGGUCCUGUGCGUUGGGUUUAAGCGACCGAGCCCGGUCUGCGUCCGCAGGGCAGAGCCUGGGGCUCGGCGGCUUCUGGGGGGACGGCAGACGCUCCCCGUGGGAGGCAGAGGCAUGGAUCACUUUCCUAACCAGCACGCCGGUGCCCGUUCCUGGUUAUCCCGAACACAGACACCCCACACUGGUGUCUGAAUACAGGCGGUGCCAAGUUUUGGUUUUGGGAAGAGAAGGAAAAAAAAAUCUACACCUGAUGUGAAAUCCUGGGAAUUUUCCCAUUCCCCCAAUGCUUUGGAUUUGGUUUGAAAUGCCACGACCUCCCGCUGGGAUGGAAACUGCACGUGGCCAACCCCUUCAUGGGACAAGGAGUGCUUCCCAUGGCCGCAGCCGCCGGCAGCCCCUGGGAGAGGGAGGCUGGAGGAGACCCUUGGGUUCGGCUUUCGGGGAAACCGCUGAACCACGCUUCUGUUGUCAUUCAGGUGGAGGGAGGAAACUUGCAGCCCAUACUGGAUGCUGCCUGUGCUUAGACUGCUCGGAGUCGCUGGUGCGGGCAGGGCGCUGGGGGGCUUUGCCGGAGGCUUUUCAGAGGAUGACGGUGUUCCCGGGGCUGCCGCUGGCUCCCACGGCACAGGGAGCUGCGCAGGGCGAUGCUGGAGGCCGGCUCGAGGGCAGGGAGAGGAGCAGAGCCUGUGGCCGUGUGGCUGGGACCCAGGGGAGGCGGGUUGGCAUCUUCCAGGAGGAAGGGCAGCUUGGAGGGUCUUCCUCCCGUGGUGCAGGGGUGGGCUGUGGGGUGUCGGGCUGAGCGCAGCUGGCCCCCCUCCAGCGCCGACCGGCCACACAGCCGGCUCGGCAGCACCGGCGCAGGCUGUGGUUAGCAGAGCUGCUCCAUUUACACUUCUUGGUUGCAGGUAUCUCACCAUCGCUUUUUUUUAAGUACGCAAUCACUUGCCUUUUUAAAUGAAUUUGGAAAAAAAAACCCACAUUUUUAACACUAAUGCAAACCACAGCACCUCCCGCGUACGUACGUCUUGCAGCUGCUUUCCCGGGGUCUUUUGCCGAUCCGAACGUUUUGAACCUCCCCUCUCCCCGCCGCUGCGUCGUGGGCUCCUGUCCUGGCGCCAGCCUUGGGCCGGGUUGGCUGGCGACCCCCGGGAUUUCACCCCGUCCCGGUGUGAGCCUUGGGGCAGGUGGAGCGGAGGGAAGUGGAUUUAUUUCCCUCUGUGGCCGAGCGUGUCCCCAGCCCUGCUCGCACCCCAGCCUGGCACCACGCUGAGCAUUGGGCAGCAGCUCCGGCACGCGACAGGCAAUGCCUUUUUGUUGUUUGUUUUUUUAUUAAAUCUUUCAUCCAACAUAACUUCAAGCUCUCAGAUGCCGCAUCUGUAGCGGGAAGCGAGCGCAGUCCUGAGGUGCGCCUGGGUUUUGCCACAGCAGGGCUUUCUCUUCUCCACGAGGGAAUUUCCUCUGUCCUUAAUCUAGUACAGUUCCAGCCUUAUUUUUCUACUCCAGAUUGCUGAUUCUUCCUCUAUGUUAGAGACCAGUGCAUGGUGCUAUAGCCGGCGACCCAGGCAAGUGCCCGAGCUGCAGGUCAGCCAGAAAAGCCUGCGCUCUGCGCGGCAGCGAGCAAGCGAGCGGCCGAGGUUACCGCAGGAGCCGGGUGCCGCUCCUCCGCUCUAGACCCGGGCAGGGGCUGUGUCCCCCCACCCCGACAUCGGCUCGUGCUGCCCGAGGGGGCUCCGGGGGCUCCCCACACCCCGACAACCUUACCCGGGCGGGUGCCGGCCCUGCCUGUGUUCUGCCCUUCCGCAUCCCGCCCUCUCCAUCCCCUGGGAUCGCAAUGGGGCGGCUCAGGCCCGCGGCGCCGUGGCUCGCUGCAGGAUGCUCUGCCGGCCAACGCGGCGGGAUGCUCUGCCGGCAAAGCCAACCAGGCGUGCCACGGUUCGGCAAAUUGGGGUCAGCCUGUGUCCCCCCUCAUCCUUCCACCCGCGUGGGCCACGCUCAUCCCCGGGGUCUCGCCCGAGUCGUGCCGCGGUGCCGGCGGUGGGAUGGCCGGCGAGGGGCCAGGCGGCAGGUUUAGGUUCAGCGUGCGGCUGGA